CAUCAGUUUGCGGCAUACCGACUCCCACUUCAGCAUCGCCAGUUUUUCUCAGCGAGAUGGCCUCAGCUCCAGCACAACAGCCUACUCUGACUGUUGAGCAAACCAGAGUGGUGCUGAGUGAGGUGAUCCAAGCCUUCGCCCUGCCAGAGAACGCAGCGAGGAUGGAGGAGGCCAAAGAGAGCGCCAGCAACGACAUGGGAAAGAUGCUGCAGCUGGUUCUUCCUGUGGCCACCCAGAUCCAACAGGAAGUUAUCAAAGCCUACGGGUUCAACAAUGAGGGAGAAGGUGUCCUUAAAUUUGCAAGAUUAGUGAAGAUGUAUGAAAACCAGGACCCAGAAAUUGCAGCCAUGUCUGCAAAACUGAAGGCCCUUCUCCUGCCUCCGCUAUCAACACCGCCUAUAGGAGGGUCCGUCGCGGCUUCCUCCUAGGAGGUCGAAUUCAUGGAUACGUCCUGAAAGAAUCCAUAACUGUCGUGACUUUUCAUGAUCUUCAUGUUCAAUUGUCUGUUUUACUAUUUAUUUUCUUAACACUAUUCCUGCCAAUCUUUUAUUUUUUAGUCACUUCUGUUACAUUCUGUACUUUUAUGCUCACCGUUUGCUAUUAUGCAUUUUUUAAAUCAUUUUAUAAUGUUAUUGUACUUAGUUUCUCAGAAUCUCUUGACUAAAAAUGUCACAUUUCUAUAUACAUACUUUAUUAGUUUUCAUGUCACCAUACAUUCAUAUUUUUAAAAAAUAAACAAAUUUUCAGAGAAAACAUUCCUCUAAUCACACAGAGUGUAUAUCUAAGGUACUUUAUCAUUUUGGCUGCAUGCACUCUUGAGAAUACUGUUUUGGAAAGUGCUACAUAGAAAAGUCCAUAUAAAUAAAGUGUCUUCAGUUUUACAGUAAAUCCA